CGUAUUUCAGCCAUGUCUCCUCCUCCAGGUCCCCGCUCCUGCCUCCCAUGUCUUCCCCCACCUUUGUGCUUGGUCCUCCUCCCCCUGCUCUAUUCCCUGACGCUGAGCUGCAGGACGAGACCCGGGACUCGGGUGAACUCUCACUCCUGAGGUGAGACCCCCCCACACUUGGCUUCACCUUGAGUGUACUCUUCAGGACUGGCACCUUUCUUGGUCACAUCCCAGUCACACAGGUGCCAGGCUGUGUGAGGACCCCCAUGUCUUCUGAGGGAAGCUCCAUUGGUAUGUGAGUGACUGGCACAGAGGACGCAAUGCCAGCACAGCUGGCACAGGCCUUAUACGACAAUGCAGCUGAGAGCCCUGAAGAGCUUAGCUUUCGCCGAGGUGACGUAAUGUUAGUCCUAGAACGAGACCCUCCCACUCUUAGUGGUUGGUGGCGUUGCUCGCUGAGGGGGAAGCAAGGAAUUGCUCCUGGAAACCGAUUACGGCUUCUUCCCGAAUCGGAGGAAAAUGAAUAUCAAGCACCUCGCCAUCUUGGAGCUAACAUUGUGAUCACAAAACCACAAAACCCUGAAGACCAAGUAAAAACCUAUAAAGAUGAACCACAGACCUCAUCAUGCACAGAGGUAUAUCAAGUACCACCUAUUGCACGCCUUUGUAUUUCACCACCUACAUUAGAAGAUGACAUCUACAACUCUCCACGUCAGGUCGAGGUGCCUCAACCAUGCCCAAAAGAGGUAUACGAUAUGCCAUCUUCAUUGCUGAAAGAUACACAAUCUUUGUCCAGUAUGUACGACAGUCCUGUGUUGCGACUAAAGGAAGAAAAGAAUGAGGCUAUGCUACCACCUGAAGAGAUUCCAGAAGAUAUUUAUGAUGUGCCACCAACAUUUCAGAAUGUGGCACUGGAUGAUGAGGAAGACGAGGGCAUUUAUUCCAUGCCUUCUAACCUAAAACGGGUGUCGGGUCUUCAGAAUCUGUAUGAAGCCCCUGAAGAUAUUCUUAGUUGUGGUAACUUACCAGAACCAAUUGACCCACCUCAGACCCACCGUCUUUCCGUGUCUAGCACUGGCAGUGCUCGAUCAGUAGAUUCUGGUGGAAGUAGAGAGUCCAAUCUGCCAUCACUCUUAACUAGAGAUUCUCGUACUGAUGGGCUUUGUACAGUGGAGGCAUUGCGAAUGCAGCAUCAGGAACUACAAAGGACAAUGAUACUUGUAAGAGAAAGCCUUCAGGAUGAGGCAAGACGAGGAUGCCUCGAAAAUCAAGGGACAGUUCAGGGUGCUGAAGUCCUUAAAGACUUUGUUGGCUUGGCACAAGUUGUUCUUCUCCACUCUUGCCAAGCCUCAGACCCAUCACUACAUCGAGAACUCUCUGGACAUUUAGAGCAACUGGAACAUGCAUUGCGGGCACUACAGGAGGGUGGUAUUGAGGUAACAUCAUUGACUCAUUUAAUUCAGGAGCAGAGUGGGUAUAUUGUGGCACUAGUAAACACAAAUGCAACCCUCCUCUUCCCAAGACCACGGCUUUCUUCCAGUGAAAGCCUUUCACGACGACCACUUCCUGCCAUACCCACUGCUUCCCCUGCAGCACAUCGCAAGGGCAGCAUUCAGGAUCGACCUCUGCCACCACCACCUAUCCUUCAUCGAACUCCUGGUGAUCCUGAAGAGGAUGCCCACUGUGAAUAUGAGAGGAUUCAGUGCAGAGACAAUCACUAUGUUCAUUUACAGGGUACAAACGCGCAAACCACCUUAAAAUCCAAAGACCAACAGAAGACUGUGGAACAGAAACCUUUACAGGAGAGAAAGGUUGACACCUGCCCAGAACCUUCAGAAGAAGAUCGGCAUUUGCUUCGCUUUUAUGUAUCUCAAAGCCAUGGACACCUACAGACUCUACAAUCUUGUGUGAAUACCUUCCUUGGAAGUGCAAGUUCACAACCCCCACGUGUCUUUGUAGGACAUGGAAAGCAGUUGGUGAUAGCAGCACACAAGCUGGUUUUCAUUGGAGACACGUUGGGGCGACUGCUUAGUUGCAACCAACUUCAAGCUAAGCUGGCAGGUGAAGGAGGUGCCCUGUGCCAAGCACUGAAGGAAGUCGUUCUAGCAACAAAGGAGGCUGCUGCCUUGUACCCAUCUCCUGUUGCUCUCAAAGCAAUGGCAGUGAGUGUGUCUGUACUAUGUACCUGUGCACAUAGCUUCACUGACCUUUUACAGAAGAUGGCCAGUUGAGAUCUAGACAUUUGGAUUCUUACAAAGCAUUAUGGGUACAUAGCUAGAGCAAUAUGCAGCUUUAGCCUUCAUGGACGUUGUGGUUUGUUUUUCUGUUUUAAAUAUUUAUUUUGUAAUAAGAGACUGUCUCUGGUGUUUUACUCAGAAUACAGCAGACUAAACUUUUUA